AUGCCAAGGAAACAUAUACAUAUACUUUUCUCAGCUAAUAGUGAGAUUAAAUUUACUAAACAACAUUUUUUUGUUCAUAUUAAACAUACAGUACAAUUUAUAUUACUCCUUCUAGGAAUAUUUUUUGUUGUACGUUAUUGUAUGAAAGUACCUGAUUUAAUUAAUACAAAAAAUUAUCCUUUUUGGAGUGAAUUUUUGGAUAACAAAACAUUAAUAAAAAGUCAUUAUAAUCUUUACACAUCACCAGGUGCAAAAAUCCUACCGAUAUCGGGAGAAUUAUUUUGUUUUACAGUAACAAAUGAAAAAUAUCAUGAAGAUAAAGUUAUUGCAAUAAAUAAUACAUGGAUACAAAGAUGUGAUCAUGGUGAAAUAUAUACUGAAUCUAAAAAUAAUCUUGAAUCAAAUAUUCCAUUUACUGAUUUAUUUAAAUAUCUUUCUAAAGAAUUUAAUCAUCCUUUUUGGAGAACCAUAAUAUCUUUACAAUAUAGUUAUACAAAAGUAUCAAAUAAAUUUAAUUGGUAUUUAAAAAUUUCUGAUGAUACAUAUAUAAUGGUAGAAAAUUUAAAAAAUAUUCUUAGAAAAUAUGAUUCAAAUAAAGCAUAUUAUAUAGUAUUACUUUCAAAUGUUUAUUUAAAUGAAAAAGAGGGUAGUUAUGUAUUUAGUAGAAAAGCAAUGGAAAUAUUUACUAAAAAACUUCAUCAAAAUGAUUCAUUAUGUCCAUAUAAUUCAAAUGAAAUAAUAGGUAUUAUAGAAUGUAUGAAAAAUAUUGGAGUUGAAAGAUUAACUAAAGUUGUAAAAGAUUCUAAAGGAAGAGGAAGAUCACGAGAUUGGAAUGUCAAAAUGGGAUUACAUUUUAGAAAAGAAGAAAAUAAAAUAAGAAAUUAUAAAAAUUCUUUCACAAAAAAACGUGAUGGUUUUCCUAAUUUUGAUAAUGAUUUAAUAUCAUUACACCAUUUAACUCCAAGUGAAAUGUUAACAAUAGAUAUAUUUUUAUAUCAUAUAAAAAUAUCUAAUUAA